AAUGGACCAUGACGGGAUGUUGUCUCUUCAUGAUUUUCCCUCCCACAUUUAGCUCCGACUGAACCCGAGUUGGACUGCCACCUGGAACUGCGAUGCACAUUUGGCCGCUUGCGGUAUUCCCAUUGUCGCAUUCGGUCACUAGCUCGGACCUUCACCCCUGCCAAUAUCUUGACGAGGAGAUCAAACACCACACAAUUUUUGCAGGAGCACACUUUGUUUGCGGCGGAUGGAUGAGACUUGGAGAGUGGGAAUGGACACCCCGAAAUUUCCAGAUGAAGCGGAGGAAAGAAAGAUUCAAGUUAUAACACAUCGACAGGUAUACAUUUGAUAUGUUGGCGCAUUGAAGUUUCCAGUCAACGACAACCCA